AUGAAGCUCGUCACGCUUCAACCUGUCGAAGGGUCCCAGAAGUCGGUAGAAAUCAAAGUCGGUAGGACCAUCAUCGGACGGGGUCCUCUACUCGAGUGCGCCGAUAAGAAAGUUUCGCGCAACCAUGCCGUCAUCGAAGUGCGCGAGUCUGGCGAUAUCUAUCUAACCCCUACGCACGUGAAUCCGUGCUUCUACUUACCGAACGACUCAAACAAAGGCUUCGAAGUCCUCAAGAAAGAUUGUCCUCAGCUGAUUCAUAAUGGAGAUUCCUUCUCCCUACUUCCCAACGGCUUCAGAUACAGGGUUUCGGUAUCGGAUGUCUCUGACUACGAGAGCAUCGAGAGCGAAAAAAAUAUCGCAGCCACAGCGGCUGCGGUCGCGGCGGCCUCCACAACAGCUGCAAAUAAGGUCAAAGAUAGCGCUUCCACUCCCGGCAGCAACACGACGAGUGGCGCUGGGAAUAAGAAGGACGAAGCGCUACUCAACGGCGAGAAUAAGAAGGAUCCGAAGGAGGAUGACAAUCACAAAGCGAACCCAGUUGAAGAGAGUCCCAAGGACAACGGGAAGCCCACCCCACCGGUGAAGAACGGCCUGUCGCCGGUGCGAGCCAGCAGCAGACGAAUUGAGUCGAAAAACGCAUCCGACAAGGAUCUCAGUGGACUCCGGGAUCAACAGCACAAAACUCAAGCUGCCCUUAAGCAGAAUUGCUCGGAUUCGCCUGAUUUGGCGGAGGAUACUACUCCGUCUGCGAGUGUGAAGGAGAAAGAGAGCAAGAGUCGCGAUUCUAGGAAAGCUCCGGUCGCCGAAGAUUCGAAGAGCGAUAGAAAAACACUCCCGAAAGGAACUCCCAACAGCAGCGUUCCAUAUAAUUCAAAAGACAAAUCGCCCCUAGCUUCGAAGAAGAUCCUCAGCGAGAAGUCGGCGGCAAAGAAGGACGUCCGGAAAGAGAAAACGGAUUCUGAGAAGCAGAAGCAACUUAAAAACUUCGACUUCGACGAUGAGGAUGAUGACCCAGUUGUCAAACCAGCCGGAAAGAAACCCGCUCAGAAGACGCAAGCCAAGAAGCCAGCGGAGAGGUCCACGGCAGGCUCGGCGAGCGUUCCGCCGAAUCCCAGUACGUCGAAGAGGAAGGAGCCUCCUAGUCGGAAACGCAGUCCCCCGCCCUCUCGGAGCAGCGUCGGCAGUGCAAGCGGCUCCCGGAGCACGAGAACACAUCGCACCCUGAUCCAGCGGAUAUCCCUGGACGACUUUAUGGCGUCCGACGAAGAGUGGAUAGCGACCUACGCUUCGAGCGACGAGGAACGGAAAAAAGCGCGCAAGAGACUCGCCAAACGAAAAUCCGCUGCCGAAGCCUCCUCUGACGAGGAUGAUUGGAGUGGCAAGAAAACUAAGAAAAGACAGGCGAAGAAAUCCCGAAAGACUAACACAGAUGACGAGAACGAUGACAGCGAGGACGACGAUGGCGAGGAAGAGGAGGAAGUCAAACCGAAGCGAUCGCGGGGGAGAACGUCCACUGCUGCCGCAAGAAAAAACAAGAAGAAAGCGAAGGUCACCGACGUCUCGGAGAGCUCAGAUGAGAGCAAAAAUGACGCCGGAAGUGACGACGCCGACGAAGACGAAGUAGAGAAAUCGAAGGCGCCCUCGAAGAAAGCUCAAGCGCCCAAGAAGAAAGAAGCACCCAAGACCGCAUCGGGAGUGCGAAAAGCGGGAAAAAGCAACCGGCUACAGACCAACAGAUCAUGCAGCGCUCUCAUCGACGACAGCAUCAACAUAGCUAACUAA